AUGUUAACAGGUGGAUUACCGGAAGAAACUCUAAAGAAAGUGCAAUAUCGGGAAUAUUGGGAGGAACCACAUUCCAAGUGGGGAAAUAUAGAUACGUGGGAUCACUAUUUCAUCGAAAAAGAUACCAGAUGCAACGAGCACAAGUCACAUAAUGCUCUAGGCGCUGAAUUAAAAGGUCAGUAUUUUUACGAAACGGCAAAUGUGCUACAUCCUGUGCUGCUGGUAUGGGGAAGAAGAGCGCUCAGUCUUAUGUACACCAUGACAUGCGUACUUUGCUGUGUGCUACGCCCUACGCUGCUGGCUUAUGGAAGAAGAGUGUCUGGUCUUUACAUCACUGCAGCGUGCAUAUUUUGCUUUUCAUGGGAGUCGUACCCUGCGACCGCUGGUCGAGUUGAGGUCAAUUUUGGGCCGAGAUGGGAAGCGAGUCACAAUCUAAAAAAUGGGAAACACCUUGAAGAUCCACCUGCUUACGAUACGAUACAAUCACACAACAUCGAAGACGAGGUGUCUAAUUCACAAACACAUCCAACCGUUGAGGAACCAAUAUUUGAUACACAUAUUGCCACAUUACUCCUACAAUAUAGAAGAGUUCUUGAAGAAAUGAGGAAUCAUUACGUAGAACAAGAAUCACAACGAGGCCGACACUUAUCUAAUAUGCUUAAGUGGUCUGUUGUGGACCAUUCUCUGUUUAAUGGAUUCAAGUUUGUUGUCAGCUUACUAAGACCAGCUAUUAACAUGUCAUUAUUGGAACCUAUCCUUAUGGAGAGCCGGAAUAAACCAAUUCAUCACGUAGUCACGAUUUUACGCAAUUUGAUUACUAAAGAAAUUGUAGAUGAUAUAAGCCCUGGCUUUAAAAAGAUGGCUAGAAAGAUUAUGGAAAGUCCAGGGAGUAAACCAUCAGAAAACCAUAUAAAAUCACAAAUGUGGGCCAAAAUCUUUUCGGAUACAUUUCUCAUUGAUUCAGACGAUAUUGAUGUGAAUUGGGAAUAUCAUCACCAAAUCCCGGGUAACGGUGGAAGCGGAUCUUCUAGAUCUGAUAUUGCUACUGUUGUUUUCAAUGACACCGAUCAACAGUUUCCCUUUUUUAUAGCUGAAUUUGAGACUGACGGAUUUUCAGUACAUAAGGAUGAAAUGGUCGUGGCGGCAGAAGCUACAUUCGAAUAUAAUCGUAUUCUUACAGCUGCCUACUAUUUAUCGGAAGAUGAAGUAAAUUCAUCUCGCCUGCAUAUUGGCCUUAUAAAUGGGACAACCAUUCAUCUGGGUUCGAUGAAGCCGAUCUAUGACGAAGAAAAAAAAUCUUUGAUUUAUGCCUACGAAGUGAAGCCAAUAAUGCAUUACUAG